AUGGCGGCCGACUGUAAUGAUAUAUGGAGAAAGUAAAAACAGUUCCUUUUGGAUUGGUUUUAAACAAAGAAACCAGUUAUGUUGAGCAAGAUUAAGUCACUAGUGAAUGAAGCAGUGGAAGCACUUGCUCCCGAUUUGCCUCCUCAAGAAAGCUUUGUUUUUCACUGGAAAGCCGUUACGAAUUAUUUCAUUGAAGCGACAGAUGAGAAAGUCCCAGUUCAUUCCACCAACAUCCCCUACCACUUGGGGAAGAUGCUGUAUAUCUUGAAGAAAGAGGAGGAGGACGCCACAGGUGGCUCCACUGGUCCUUGUCUGGAAUAUCUUUUGCAGCAUAAGAUUCUAGAUACACUACAUACACUGGGUCGGGCAGAUUGUCCUCCUGGCAUGAAACAAGAAGUUCUAUCAUUCUUUGCUAACUUACUGGCUAAAAUGCACCAACCAUUGCUGCCUCAUGUCAAUGUCUACAGACCAGUUCAUAGAUUGAUUCGACUUUGUGGUGAAGUACGAGCAGCACCUUCUGAGAACGAAGAGGUCCACUUUUUGUGUACUGUUUGCUCUAAAUUAAGACAGGAUCCAUAUCUUGUGAACUUCUUUCUUGAGUUUUCUGCUCUUAACUCCUGCUCUUGUAUUGCUUGUCAACAAGCAAUCAGUAAAGACUCACCAAAUGAUGCAGUAUGUACUACUUCAACCUUUCCUAGUAGUAGUAAUAGUGCAAAGUCUCUUGAGAAAAAUGAUCCAACUACUGUCGGCAAUGACACAGGAACCCCAACUGACUCUAGAAGGAGAGACAAACCUGAUUACACACUGGUUAACUCUCUACUUAAUCUAAUGAAAAGUGAGGACAGUAGGAUAGGAGUUAAAGCAUGUGAAGGGCUGAUGUUAUGUGCGUCAUUACCAGAAGACCAUGCCGCUACUGUCAUCAUUCUCUACACUCCUUUCUGUGAAAUUAUGGCAGACAGGCUAAACCCACUUUUUGAAGCUCUACCACAGAGCAUGGAUCCUAACGGCAUAACUGAUGUAUCUGCUAAAUGGGGACUUGAUCACAUUGAUAAUGACGAGGAUAUCGCUACUUUUCCUGGUAAACGACAACUGAUAUCAUUCCUUUCCUGGUUUGACUAUGUUGACCAACUUUGUAAGGAAUCACACAAGUUGGUAGGAAGGGCUUUGGCUGUCAGUAUCAGAGAAAGAUUUUUACAUCAAAGUGUUGAACCACGUUUUAUGCAACAAUCAGAGCAAGGUGUUAUCACUACGACUGCAAUUAUUAGAAGAUGUCUUAAAUCUAUUACCUCAAGACACUUACUAAUGGAAUUUUCUGUAUUUCUUCUUGGUGAACAAGAUAAACCAGAAGUACAAUCACAAGGAGAAAAUGGACAUAGAAUUAGACAGAAAUUAAUAGAAAGAUGUGAUCACAUAAGUGAUGAGCUUAGCAUUGAAACACUAAAACUUCUAGAAACACUCCUCCUAAAGCCAUGUAGUAUAAUGCUAGAUACUUUGGUUAUUUGUAAUCUAAGAAGUAGAAAGUACUAUGACUCGUCAAAUCUGGAAAAUGGUACCAGCGCUGAUGAAGUGAUACCACCUUCUCCUAAAACACCCAUUACACCACCAUUAACCCCUGAUGGAGUCAGCCCUUUGACUAUAGUAACAAGCGCUGGUGAUGUUGAGAGAGAAGAGGUUGUAAAGAUUGUUAAUAGUUUUUUAUCACUCGUCCCUGAGCAAGUAAAAUCGUCAGCGCUUACAGGGGACACUGGAUAUGAUACCUAUCUUAGGGAUGCACACAAACAGCAUCGAGAACGUUCAUUCCAGUGUUGUCAGUUCGAGUGGCCAUCCUCCCCUACUUCAUCAAACAGUGAUGAUGAUACAAGAGGUGUAUUUUAUGAAGGAGCAUUCCUAAAUAUGCUUUUUAAGAAACUACAAAGGCUUCUGGAUCAGACCUAUGAUAUCAACCUACAUGUUACAAGUGUUAUAGCUCUACUGGCACAGUUUAGUCAUCCUAAUUUACAUGAAUAUUUACUGAAUCCUCACCUUCCUGUGAAGCCAGGCUGUACAACACUUUAUUCUACACUAGAAAAUGUUGUUAAAGAUUUGAAUGGUAGGAUAGAAAGAUUACCAAACUUUCAGAAGAGCGUGGUGACAAUUAGAAAACAAUUGAUGGGCAUUGCUACGUCACCUGACCAAAAAAGCAUGGCCAAUAAUAACCUUCUGGAGGCUUGCAUAGUACUUGAGGAGUUUUGUAAGGAACUAGCCGCUAUCGCUUUUGUGAAGACUACAGCAACUUUACAUUCUCAGUAAUCUGAGUUGUAAUGGCUCUAGUUAAUACAAACACAAAGCAAGGAGAAGGGUGUGACUAUUGCCAUGGAAACCAAAAGCUCUAUAUAUUGGUUCCAAUGGAAGCCUCAAUUGCCUUUCGUUGUCAUGGGAGCUGAUAAUAAAUAUUUGCCGACGUUGCUAAGGGAUUCUAUUAGCAGUAGUUGCUAUGCAAAUAUUCAAAUAUUCCUUUUAUUACCAUGGAGACAUAGAACUUUAUAAUGUUAACAUGGAUACCUAAAGGUCUGGUCUGUGAACACAGAAAAAAAAAGAUAUAAUAUAUGUUGUCAUGGAGACCUACAGCUUCAAUAGAUUUUCUUGGAUGACGACAGGCGAAUUUGGUGGACCUCUUCGAUCUAUCAUCUUAAAAGAUGUGUAAAAAAGUUUGAACUGAAGUAGAAAGACGGUUUGGAUUAUUGUUAGUCCGGUCAUAGCCGGAAUGGUGAUUAAGCUUUUUAGAUUUUUGGGACACUUAAAGUUGAUAACGUUAUCAUGGAAACAAAAGGAUAAGAGGUUGUUAGCAUGGUAACUGGAACCCUUUAUGGCUGUCGUCAAGGAAACGGUGGGAUUGGCGGCAGAAUGUUGCUAUGGUAGGCGUUUAAGUUGGUGUCCAAUUAGUGGAUUUUCAAGGAACCGUGUGUUGAUUUGCGUUGUCAAGGAAGCAAAAGGAUAAAAACUCGUUUAUGGUAACUGGAGCUACUUUUAGUUGUCGUCACGAUGGGCAGUAUGUUGCUAUGGUAGCCGUUUGGGUCUUUAUAAAGUAUUUUCGGUCGUGAUGAAAUAUUAAUGAAAAGUAUAAGUUAGAUUUAUCGGUAUAAUUAUCAGUAUUUUAAUACCAGAUUAUAAAUGAUAUUGUUUUAUCAUCGAUGUAUUUUAUAUUCAACCAAUAAAGGAUGAAUUGUAGCGGUUUAUCAGUGAAAUAUACAGGAACCUAGCCAGAGGGCGUUGGCUGCACGUGCACCUCCGCCACGAAAUCAAAUGGUCCACUUAGAGGCAAACAAGAAUCUAAAUUUAAUGGAAUGGAUGCACUAAAACGACACCUGUCAAUUUUGAGUGUAAUUUAAGGGCUUCUAGGCAGAAUAAUUAGAAGGUAUUUCCUGCGCUUCCGCCGCAAAAUAGCUAAUAUAUACAAACGGACUUAUAAAAUACCAUCUAACAGAAGUUGUUUACCGUAUUCGAUAUCAUUUGCCUCAAGCCUAAGUGUUUUUUACAGUAUCGUUUUUAUUUUUGUGCAACUUAUCGACAAGUGCUCUGGUUUCGUCCCUGAUAUACUAUAGCAAGUCGAUUGUGGGAUAGUGAAAGAACAAACUUGUCGAGAUCGUCAAAUGCUGAAACCGCAUUGCAAUUCAUUCGGUGAAUUACUUAACUGCGAUCUCUCGAUGUGGUUCAUAGCAGUAUAUCUUAAGUAUACCACAAACUCUCGAUACAAAUAGAGUGGAAGCGUUAAACCCGUGAAACAAAAUCGAGUAGUCCAAUGCAAAUGCUACAAAUGAAACUUGUUUCAUUUUCUUGUAUUUACGUUUGACUUUCGACGCGUGAACCGCUGCCAUUUACGUAACUCGUGUGAAUUAUACUCAAAGUGUUUCGCGGGUUUAUGGGUCGGAAUAACUCGAGGAACGCACAUAUGCGAUAUAACUUCCCAUUGGAUUUUCUACGAAAUUUACUUUAUUGAAACUAUUUUGGGCAUUGGGAUGUAACAGCCUGCGUUCAGCCGAACCAGUACUGUUCAAACAACUUCGAACAACAACAGUUUUGUUUCGGUUGCACGCAGGCUAGGAUAUAAUAAUAAUAAAAUGGUUUUAAAGUUUAA